AUGAAAUUUCUAAUCUCAUCUUCCCUGCUUCUUCUAGCAAUUGUUGUAGUAAAUGCAUCUUUCGAUUAUUAUGGGUAAGUUCUACGACACUCCGCGUUUACACCUUAAAUGCGGAGGAGCGUUGUAGUUUGCAGGAUUCUAAUGAAUUUUCAUGUACAGCUCAGAAUCUUCAUCCUCCGAAAUAAAUAGAAAAUCUGCUUUCGGACCGAAAAGACCACCAAGACCUCCACCGCCAACAAGAACAAGGCCACCAAGGCCUCCAACAACAAGACCUCCACGGGAGUGGCCAACAUUUACAAUCGAGUUGCCACCUUGGCCACCACAAGAUCCACCACCACAAGAUCCAAAUACUUAUCCACUUCCACCUGUAGAUCAGAAUGGCAAUCCAUUGCCACCAUAUUAUCCGUAUGGAAGAUAA